CAAAGCACAUCGCGUGCUUCCGAACUGUGGCAAACCGAAGCGGCGAAUCUAGUUUGUCAGUCAAUAGGAACGAUCUGAGUUCACUGGAGCGCUCGUGUUUCUCGAACUUCUACACAUAGUAUCUUGCUACGUCCGCCAAACCGCCGCAAAAUCACACACGGCGGCAGCUAGGUCCGAUUCCGGAAGGGAAGCAACGGCACCAAGAACAUACGUCGCCGUACAUCACAACAUCGAGCCGGGCUGCAACCAUGAACAGCAUUUUAAUUACAGGCGGUAACCGCGGCCUCGGACUGGGGCUCGUAAAGACUCUCAUCCGGCAGCAAUCGCUGCAGAAAACACAAAUCAUUGCGACAUACCGGCUUCCGGAAAAAUCGGAGGAACUCUUGGCGCUUGCUAAACAGAACGCGAACGUUUUUCCGGUUCUAACUGACUUAACGAACCUGGAACGGUACGAGCAGCUCGUCAACGAAGUCGGGUCCAUCGUUAAGGAUGAAGGCUUGAACAUCCUGUUUAACAAUGCCGGAAUUUCACCAAAAUCGACGCGCCUUAGUUUCACCAAAGCAGACGACCUCGUUGACACAUUUUUCACCAACACGGUCGCUCCCAUCAUGCUAACCAAGGAGCUGCUUCCGCUACUAAAGCGGGCCGCCGACCGUCAACCGGAAGCACCCCUCGGUCCAGGACGCGCAUGUGUUGUCAACAUGAGCUCAAUAUUGGGCUCGAUCGCGGAGAACCGCGAAGGUGGUCUGUACGCUUAUCGGAGUUCGAAGGCAGCCCUAAACGCGGCCACCAAAUCAAUGUCCCUGGAUCUUCUGCAGAGCGGUAUUAUGGCGGUGGCACUACACCCAGGCUGGGUAAAAACGGAAAUGGGCGGCUCAAAGGCCCCGUUGUCGGUAGACGAAAGCUGUGAUGCAAUCGUUAAGACACUGCUCUCGUUGAACGAAUCCCACAACGGGGGAUUUUUCCAGUACGAUGGAAAAAUGUUGCCUUGGUAGAAACGUGGCUUCACUGUGGCAUCAUUACUAUGUUUUGUAGAACAAUUUAAAUUACCCCACAAAUAGUAGGGAGUAGAUAUUUCGUGGGGCGUAUGAGGGAUGACCAGUUUGUUCGCAGUUUUCAUUUCGAAUCGUACUGAUAUCUGUUGAACUGUUGUAAUAAACCUUGACCCGCGAGGAGUACUAGUGAACUUGUCUUACGAUCUUUAUUGCAUACUAACAGAACCGGCAAACUUUGUUCCGCCCCA